AUGCAAAUAUUAGUUAAAACAUUAACAGGGAAAAGACAAUCAUUUAAUUUUGAACCCUCUAGUUCUGUUUUUCAAAUAAAAAUGGCUAUAGAGGAAAGAGAAGGAAUAGACGCUAAACAAAUAAGAUUAAUAUACUCAGGGAAACAAAUGCAUGAUGAUAUGAAGUUAAGCGACUAUCGUGUGGUACCUGGAUCAACUGUUCAUAUGAUUUUACAAUUAAGAGGAGGAUAA